AAUUGUUACGAUUUUUGUAGAACUACAGUAGACGGUUUCGGCUGACCUAGACGAUGUCGACCGCGGGCAUCAUGUUCGUAGUAGGCUGCUCUGCGAGUGCGACUUAUCCUCUCACUCGCGCGACUCUCCCUUUCGUCGCUCCGGUAGCAGCGUCCGCGAGACGCGGGCCUGCGACUGCGAAAACCACUGUCGAUACGGUCUCGGGUCACAGGGCCUUUCGCCGACCAACCGCAGCUGUCCCCGCGGAUUCCCGAGCCGUUCUUACGAAGAGGGAAUUUCGCGGCGGAAGAACGGUUCGGGAUUCUAGUCGGAUGUGGCGUUUCCGUAAAUUUUCUGACACCGAAGCAGCACGAUAUGGGGGCAGCUUACAUCGAGUACGGGAAGCGAUAGCUGAUAGCAGCUGGGGUUUCGGAAUGCGGACGAGGGGAGCUGACGACGCAGCGAGGCCGCGUAGCCAUCAUGGGAACGGGGAUGGGUGCAGCCCGAGGGAUGAUGGUAGCAGCAUCAGCAGCCAUGACAAUAAAACUGAUCGCACUGAUCGCGCUGAUAGCACCAAUAGCGGUAGCAGUGACAGCAGUGACAGAGACAGCAGUAGUGUCUACGGCAGUGGAGGCAGCGACAGAAGCAACAACGCUUCGCCUGGAGAUAGAAUGAGUGGCGGCAGCGCCUCCAGGACACGUGGCGGGCAGGGAAUGGUCCGCAUCCUGCUGUUCUGGCCUAACAUCAUUGGGUACCUGAGGUUCGCCCUCCUCGUCCUCCUCCUCCUCGUCCUUCCCCCCUCAACCCCUCCUCCUAGCAGCCUCCCACUGCAGUCAACAACCUACGCCAUGACCAUGCCUCUGCUGUGCGCUUUCCUCUACGUGAUCAACAUGGCAUUGGAUGGUGUGGAUGGCAUCGUGGCUCGCCGCCUGCGCCAGGUGUCGGCCUUUGGUGCGAUCCUGGACGUUGCUGUGGACAACGCACUGCGCACCGCCAUGUGGGCGGCUGCCAUGAACAGUGUCGCGCUGGGCAUGAGCAGCAACAGUGCGAGGCUCAUUCGAUUAGCCGCCGUCCUCAUACCUUGUGUUGAAUGGUUCACAUUCACAUGCUCCCAUGCCAGUGCACAGGGCAGCACGCAGGGCAGCACGCAGGGCAGCGCGCGGGGCAGUGGCAGGGUCACAACAGAGGUAGAAGGGGUCAAGGGAGGGGAGAGAGGGGAGAUAGGGGAGAGAGGGGAGAGAGGGGAGAGAGGGGAGAGAGGGGAGAGAGGGGAGAGAGGGGAGAGAGGGGAGAGAGGGGAGAGAGGGCCGAAGCAAGGGCACGAGGAGGAGGCGGAGGGGCUAGGAGACAAUGACCAGCAGGGGAAAGUCGAGGAGAGCGAGUCAGGGGGGGGAGAGGGGCAGGAGCCAGCUGCUAGUGAAAGGCGACCCAGGCCAAACUGGAAGGACGUGUGGGGUGGCAGGAACGACACGCCGAUGCUGGUGUCCCUUGUCAUGCGGAACGGGUUCAAGAGCCCUGUUGGAGUAAUUGCUAUUGCAGGUCUGCACUUCCUCCCUCUCUGGCUCUUUCUUCGACAUCAAUUACUCUCCCCUCUCCUCUCGCCCUCACACGCAACAUACAUGCAAAGCCAGCCUCUGUUGCACAAGCUGGGGAUAGGUGUUCUUUUGCCGUUGGCCUCUCGUCCGGUGGGGCUGAUUCUUGGUAUUGGAAGGCUUCUCUGUCUGCUCGUGGAGUUGUGGGUUAUUCGAAGUCACCUGUUCCAGAUUCUCCGAUCAGAUGUGGAAGCUCAUUCGUGCAAGUAGCUGUACAUUAUUAACGAUGUUAGAUUGGAAUCCAACGGUAAUUCUCUUCUAAAAAUACCAUGGUUCAGCAUGCAGUUGGUUUAGG